CGAGAACGUUUAUAUGUCGGGAACCUACACCCGAGCGUGGAUGAGUAUACGCUCCUCCAGCUGUUCAUCAAAUAUGGCAAGGUCGCCAAGCUCGACUUUCUCUUCCACAAGAGCGGCCCGCUGAAGGGCAAGCCACGCGGCUACGCGUUCAUCGAGUAUUCAAAUGCCAAUGACGCCGAGCGUGCCCUUGUUUCCGCUCACGACAAGCUCCUCCGUGGCCGCAAGCUUGUCAUCACUCACGCGCACCAGGCGCCGCUCGACCAUGCCGGAUUCGGCUCGCGACCACGCAGGGUCGUCAACGAUGCCGGAAAGCCUACGACACUUAGUCUCCUCAAGAGCGCGUCAUCAGGACGUGCGGAAGCCACCCAAGCAAAGAUUGCCAAGAUGGAGGCGAAGCUACGCCAGAUGGAGCAGGUAUCCGCG